CCGCGGGGGCCCGGCCCGCACUCUGCUCCCGCCCGCCCCGCCGGGUCCUCGUGCCGUCGCCGCCCGCAGCCCCCCGGCCCGCGCCCCCCCGGCUGCAGCCAUGAGCGGGUGGAGCUCCUACAUCGACAGCCUCAUGGCGGACGGGACGUGCCAGGACGCGGCCAUCGUGGGCUACAAGGACGCCCCGUCGGUCUGGGCCGCCUCCCCCGGCAAGACCUUCAUCAACAUCACGCCGGCUGAGGUGAAUGUGCUGGUGGGACCAGACCGGGCGUCACUGCUGGUGAACGGGCUAACGCUGGGGGGGCAGAAGUGCUCCGUGAUCCGCGACAGUCUCUUGGUGGAUGGUGAAUUCACCAUGGACCUGCGCACCAAGAGCCCCGGCGGCCCCACCUUCAACGUCACUGUUGCCACCACCCACAAGACGAUCCUGCUAGUCAUGGGCAAGGAGGGCAUCCACGGCGGCUGCGUCAACAAGAAGUGCUAUGAGAUGGCCAAUCACCUGCGGCGGUCCCAAUAUUGAGCCUGGCCCCGCCUCCUGCACCCAUUGCUCCUCCUUCCCCCCCCCCCCUCCGGUACUACUGAGGCCAGCACCCCUUUCCUUCCCCAGCACCUUGGGGGUGAAUCCCCCACCUACCUACCCCCCCCACCCUUGUGGCUGCCAAACCCACCCUGGGGUUCCCCCCCACCCUGCCCAGGGGGACCCCCAGAGUCACCCAUUUUGGGGUUUUUCACCUUUUUUCUUACUGGCUUUUAAUUUUUGGGGGUUUUUUUUGUUUUUUUUUUUUUGAGAGAAAAAUAAAAAUAAAAAAUAAAAAAAAGAA